AUCUACCUAUAAACCUGCAAAUGUUUAAUGGGCCUUUGUUGUCCUUUGGGUCUCAGAGGUUGCCUUGCCUAUGAUGAUUCAUUGAAAUGAAGUCAGCAUCUCUUGCAUGUAAAAUUGGUCUUUUUCAGUCACUGUGAAGAGAGUAAAUGUCACUAAUCAAUAUAUCUGAUGCAUAAUUUACAUCAUCAAUCCAUUUAGCUUGCAUAGUCUGUCUUAACUAGCUAGUCUAUACUGGAGAUUCAAUACGGAAACUGAAAGAUCAGUACUUUUUACAACGGGAAGCAAUAAGAAGAUUUUGCACAUCUGCUGUGCAGGUGAUAGUGAGCUUACCCUUGCACAGCUAUGCUCAGUCCUUGUCCCGCUUGAGCCCAAUGCAGUCAAAUCAAUUCCUGAAGAGCUCUGUGACAGAACGUGGGUUCGCCAUUGAACAUGAAUCAAAUUUUGUGAUUUGGAGCUUUAUGGGUGCAGAAUCUCAGUGUGGAAGAUCACAAAACCUCACCAGUAAAAAUUUGCAUUUUCAGUUAGGCAAAAUACAACCUUAUUGCUAAUUUCCUUUAUGGGUGGACAAGUACAGCAUUAGAGAUCACAGAUAUUUCACUGUCUAGUAUUCAGGUCAUAGACUUUCAAAUGCGCUAUAAUUGUAUAUUCACGGCAAAUUUCGUCUGGUUACACACUACGGCCCACACUAAGUGACAGUCAGGAGUGAGCCUCAGUGAGAAUGACUACAAUCGGAUCAGCUCUACACCAGACCCUCAAAGCUGGUGUUCAAUGCAUCUUUGGGGACAUUUUAAAACUGGUUACUUGUUUGGUGUUCAGUAUACAUAUCUGAAUAUUAAUCCAAAUGUUUUUGUUUGUGAAAUGGGGUACACAUGAACUUUCUGUUACUUUCAGUUAACAGAGAUUCUUAUCUGUAUAUUUGUGAGAAAAGUUGCUGAACCACUUGGAAUGAUGGAUUUUUUUACGUGAAAACCUCCUAAAAUGUGAUGUUCAUCCUAGUCAGAAUAAUUGCUAAAGACGGUAUUUCUUAGCAAGUAAUGCACACUGCAUUUUACAUUAACAAGAAAGAAAGGUAUUUGAUGUCAAAAUAUGCAAGCCUCUAGGAUCAUGAACUCUUGAAAACAGGGUAAUAGGAGUCAGGCGUUCUGACCAGUUCAGUUGUGGAUUUAACCUUCCCUACCAUAAUAAAAAAAACACAUGGGUUUGGUUACCUGAACAUCACAACAGAAUUCUAUUCAAAUGCAACAUGGCCCGAUCAAAAGAAAUUUCAGAGAAACACAGAAGUGCUGUUAACUCAUAAAACAGUCCAUCAGAUAGUUUACAAAUGGGAGCUUCAGACCGGCACAAAUGAUCCUCUCCUUAGGAGGGAGCUUCCUACAAAGGCCAGUUCACAGGCAUCAAAAGUGAUGAAGACCCCAAGGGUCACAGCAAAAGAUCUGCAAGUGUCUUUUAUACUUGAUAACAUCUGUGUUCAUGAGUCUACCAUAAGAGAAAUGCUGAAAAGGAUGGGUGCUCAAGCUAGAUUACCACGGAAACCACUGCUCUCUAAAAGAUAAAAAAAACAGCUGCUUGUCUGAGGACCACCUAGAUGUUCUGCAGCUCUGCUGGAACAGUAUUCUGCACAGAGAUGAGGCAAAAGUGGAGCUUUUUUGGUAAAUGUACUCGGUGUUAGGUUUCGAGAAUGCAAAGCCCUAGACACCAGCAGCAAAAUCUCAUCCCAAUUGUGGGGCAAAGAGUAGAGGGCUGUUUGGAUGCUUUGCUGCAUUGGGAAUUGAAUGGUUUGCAGUCAUUAAAUGCAUUCAAAGUAUCACGUAAUUCUACAGCCAAACUAUCAGGGUAUCUGUCUAACAUUCCAAAGAAGUUGGGUGAUGUAGCAUGACAAGGCAUCGUGUUUUGAUUUUGGUACAUCAACUGACCUCAGCAAAUAAUUAUUAAAAAAUGAACAGCGUUUCAUAUAAGCUUGUAUGAAAUUGAAAAGGGAAAGGAAUUCCAGGCUUAAUUUGAAACAAUGAUCCAUCAAGCUGUCUUCACAGCAGUCACCUAUAUCUCGAAUAUUUAGAGCGAAUUUCCUUCUGCCCACAGACUCACAGGCAGAUAACGAGUAUGGCUGGAAAUAUGUUGGUGUAUCGCAGCAGUAGUUUCUGACACCUUCCAGUCGUGUUAUGACUGAAACGGAGACUGCCCCACGUUCAGAGAUCCAGCGCAGCUUCUACUCUGAUAGCUGAUAGAUCCAAUAUCUUCCCCGAUGCUGGCAAUUUUGAGUUGGCAGACCUUGGGUACAUUUCCAGUAAAAAAGACAUGAGAUAACAAGGAAAACUAGUUGCUAGAAUUUCGUCCUCAUUGUUUCACAGAAUAACACACGUGAAUCUUUUGCAUAACUAACUAAUCGCACAGUAUAAUGGAACAAAAAAUCUGCUUCACCUGAUUUUUCUGCUAUAAGACUCUUCUAGUAACCGGAACGUUAUUACAAUUAGAUGACGUUUCGUAAAAUGUUUACUCGAAAGCAUGUAGGAAUCUUGGUAUUGUCGGGAAUAUUAUGACCUCUGUUGGCCCAAAAACCUACUGCUGUUACCCUGUAAGUCCAGGUAAAUGGUUUAAGAGGUCAAAAAAGACAUAGCAUGUGAGAAAUCUUUAUUUCUUUUCCAGCAUGACAAACCGUAAAGUUGUACAGUGAUAAAGAAAAAAAAUUGGAUCGAUAUGGGAAGCCAUCCCAGCAAAGGAAGACGGAGGUCCAAUGUGGUGGCCUCUCUACUGAAUCAGGCAGGAGCCAUGGAACCUGUUAUACUGGAAAAUAACAGAUAUGUUGUGAUAUCUUUGUACAACUAUCCAACUGAGGGACAAUCAGACUGCAGUAUCCGGGUUGGAGAGAGGCUCAAUGUCCUAUCAGACGAAGGCGAUUGGUGGAAGGUGAGCUCCUCAGCAACGGGCAGGGAAAGCUUCAUCCCCUGCAGCUACAUCGCCAAGGUGUUCCACAGGUGGCAGUUUGAAAGCAUCAGCAGAGAGAAAGCGGAGGAGCUACUACUGCAACCUUACAACCAGAUCGGCUCAUUCAUGAUCCGGGACAGUCAAACUCACAGUGGGGCCUACUCCCUGUCCAUCAGACGGAGCACCGCAUCCACCGUGGGGGCCGUGAAACACUACCGCAUUCAUCAGCUACAGAACGGCUGGUUCUACAUCUCGCCCAGCCUCACGUUCUCCUCGCUCUCCCACCUAGUGGAUCACUACUCCGAGGUGGCAGAUGGGCUCUGCUGUAUGUUAAGGGAGCCGUGUUUCAUCCAGGGCUCCAACAAUGUCCCUGUCAUGACUGGGCCCCAACCCAUGGCUGUCAGAAAGCCCACCAUCAACUGGAAAGACGUGGAUAGCUCCAUGAUCUUCAGCAGAGAUGCAGAGACAAAGGAGGAGUCUCCAGUCAGCGAAGGGCUACGCGAGGCCAUUACGUCGUACCUUUACAUGACAGAGGAAAUUAACUGUGAAGACUGCAUUUCGGACUGGAAGACCUGAUUUCACAACUGAGUAAUAAUCAAGAAAAUUAAGAGACAUUGAUAGGAACAGAAAUGUUACUGAAAUGGAGAUUGUCCCACGUUCAGAAACCCAGCAAACAUCCAGCACGCUCCUUCUGAGUGGAGCUGUUUUCUUGCUCCCAUGACUGAGAAGUGCCUUAAUCACAGAUAUCAGGUCUUCAAAUUGCAGGUCUGAGAGACUGAACAUUCUGGGAAGUUCCUUUCGAAUGGAAGGGGAACAUGGAAGUCAAGGGCAUAACUUUGGCUGGAACAUUAGGGGGGUUGAGGUCUCCACCCAUUACAGGGGAAACAUAGUUAUUGUGGGGGUUGUAUUAGCUGGUUUUGAUUUAUUAAGGAGGGCUACAACCCCCCCAUCCCCCCCGUAAUUUAUGCCCAUGGUGGAAGUCACCGAACAGUUACAUUAAUGGAACAUUCCAUUACCUUCUCAGCUACAACGACUUAGAUGUUGUACACCUACUGUACAAAAUUGUGAAUUCCUUCGCUUUCUUCCUUUGCUCUUGCCCAUGUCUUAUACUGACCUGUGCAUACUCUACCAUCCUCCUGAAGUGGAUCCACACCAAGGCCCGCCAUGAAUCAUUCACGCCGGGCCCCGGACAGUUCUCCAACUGUCCCCCCGAGACAGGCUUGCCGACACCCUCCCUCUUCUGAACCCAGAGGUCAAGUUCAUGCCAGGGAGUGUUUUUGUUUUCUGAAAUCUUGACUCUUGCAGUUUAGACACCAUAAACAUCUGAUGCUCAUCCAGAUUUCUGUAAAGUACAAAUUGGCUGGUAUUAUAUUACUAUUUUUAUGAUAUUUGUAUUAAAUAAAUUAUUUUUAUUGUUGUAAUACUAACUGCUGAACUUGCACAUGUAAGCUGUAUUUUGUACUGUGAUAGUGACCUGUUAGUUGUCCUGGUGAUUGGGACAUUUGCUCAGUAAAUGAAUUAAAACAUGGUUUUAUAUCAGCA